UCGGGUGGGCAUCACCUGGAUCUCCGGUGUGUUCAGCCCCCGGGCUGUGCCAGUGCCUGCAUCCUGCUGCCCAGUACAUACCCUCCAUCCUCCGUCACUCGGGCUCACCUGCCCCCUCCUGGUAUCUCCCCUGCACUGGGCAGGAGGGGCAGCUGUCAAUCAUUGCACCAUCCUCUCCUUCCCCCCUCGUUUCUGUCUCCGUUGCAAGUCCCCCCUUCCCCUCCCGGACCUCCACACUCUCUCCCUGUAUCCCUGGAGUGGGGGGCUGCUCUGCAGGUAGAGCUCACCCCCCACCACAGCGCAGCGCCCCGUACAACAGCCCCGCUGCGGGUAUAUGGACAGGAGCUCCCUGCUGCGCCUCAUCCAGGGGCAGCUUGACCCAGAUAACACGGGUUUUGUAUGUGCGGACACCUUUGCCGCCCUGGUAAACAACCAUGAGCUGCCCCUGGACCCCGCCAAGCUGGAGAUGUUAUUUGCCCUUUCACAGGGUAAUGAAGAGGGGCAGAUCUGUUACCUGCAGCUUGUGGACCUGAUAAGCAGCAAGAGGUCCAGUAGUUUCCGCAGAGCCAUCAGCAGCGGCCAGAGAGCUCUCCCCCGCGACGUGCUGCUGGACCAGGCCGGGCUGGGCGUCUAUAAAAGAUUUGUACGCUAUGUGGCUUAUGAGAUCCUGCCGGGCGAGAUGGAGAGGCGGUGGUACUUCUACCAGCAUCGGCCAUGUCCACCACCUAUAUUCAUGGCAGCCGUGACUCUGACACAGAUCAUCGCAUUCCUGUGUUAUGGAGUCAAACUGAACAAGUGGGUAUUACAGACCUACCACCCCGAGUACAUGAAGAGCCCCCUCGUGUACCACCCGGGACAUCGGGCAAAAGCUUGGCGCUUCCUAACCUAUAUGUUCAUGCAUGUUGGUUUGGAGCAGCUCGGUUUUAACACCCUCCUGCAGCUAAUGAUUGGCGUCCCCUUAGAGAUGGUGCACGGGGUGCUGAGGAUAAGUUUCCUGUAUCUGGCCGGGGUGCUGGCAGGAUCCCUUGCUGUAUCAGUCACAGACAUGAGGGCGCCCUUAGUUGGCGGUUCGGGUGGUGUGUAUGCGCUGUGUUCUGCCCACCUCGCUAAUGUUGUUAUGAACUGGGCUGGGAUGCGCUGCCCGUACAAGGUCCUCCGAAUGGUUCUUGCCUUGGUUUGCAUGAGCUCGGAGGUGGGCCGCGCGGUUUGGCUUCGUUUUUCCCCUCCUUUACCAGCAGCCGGCCCCCAGCCCAGUUUCAUGGCGCACCUGGCGGGCGCAGCGGUCGGGGUCAGCAUGGGGUUGACCAUCUUGCGCAGUUACGAGGAGAACCUCCAGGACCAGUGCGGCUGGUGGGUGAUCCUGCUUUGCUACGCCACCUUCUUGGCCUUUGCUAUUUUCUGGAAUGUGUUUGCUUACGACCUGCUCGGGGUCCAGAUCCCGCAUCCUCCGUGACCUUCGACCUUGUACGCCUCACACCCUCGAAGGACUUAUUC